CGUGUGUCACGCGGCCCUGGCACACACACACCUCACCCCGACCACUGCCCCAGGCUCACCACCAGCGGGCCAGCAGGACCACUCAGCGGGAACACCGGGGCGCGGGGCACUGAGGGCUGCAGGCGGGCAGGGCGCGGGGACACAGAGAGAGAACCUCCCGGCGGGCCACAAGUCAGGGCCAGGCAGGAUACCGGAUACUGUAACUAAGCGUGCCGUGUGAAGUAUCUAAGUGUGGGGAGGUACCGAGGAGGACCUAAGAGGCGAUACAAAGCGGAACACCUCUAAAGAAGAAGAAUAAGGUGCACAGCCAGGCCCAGGGGGAGCGAGCAGGGCUGUGCGGUACACGGGAGGCUGCUGGAUGGGCCGUUGAGGGCGUGGAGGUCAGGUCAUCGGGUCACGGAGGGAGGGUCACGGGAGUUACAAGCAUGGGGAGGACACAGGUGGGUAAGGGCGGCGGGGGCAUGUCCAGUCCCCUGGGGGUGAAGAGCCUGCUGGUGUUCACGGUGCUGCUGCUGGCGUGGCUGGCGGGCUUCCUCUCAAGGCUGUUCGCUGUCAUACGCUUCGAGAGCAUCAUCCACGAGUUUGACCCAUGGUUCAACUACAGAGCCACGGCGCACAUGGUCAAGAAUGGCUACUACAACUUCCUCAACUGGUUUGAUGAGAGGGCCUGGUACCCCCUCGGACGUAUCGUGGGGGGCACCGUCUACCCCGGCCUCAUGCUCACCUCGGGCAGCAUACACUACAUCCUCAACAUGCUCAACAUUCCUGUGCACAUUCGGGACAUCUGUGUAUUCCUAGCGCCAAUUUUUAGUGGCCUGACAGCGAUAGCCACCUACUUCCUCACCAAAGAAGUGUGGUCGUCCGGGGCGGGGCUGUUCGCUGCGUGUUUCAUCGCCGUGGUGCCCGGCUACAUCAGUCGCUCAGUUGCUGGGAGCUACGACAACGAGGGCAUCGCCAUCUUUGCGCUCAUGUUCACUUAUUAUCUAUGGGUCAAAUCGGUGAAGACGGGCAGCCUGUUCUGGGCGGCGAUGGCUUCCCUCUCCUACUUCUACAUGGUGAGUGCGUGGGGCGGCUACGUCUACAUCAUCAACCUCAUCCCGCUCCAUGUGUUCGCCCUGCUGCUGAUGGGACGCUUCUCGCACCGCCUCUACACAGCCUACACCACCUUCUACAUCCUGGGCCUUAUUUGCUCCAUGCAGGUUCCCUUUGUCGGGUUCCAGCCCAUACGUACCUCGGAACACAUGGCCGCUGCAGGAGUGUUUGCCCUGCUCAACGCUGUGGCGGUUCUCAAGUACCUUCAGAGCGUCAUGACCCGGGCUGAGUUCCGCCACUUCUUCCUGGCGGCAGCAGGGACGGCGGCCGGUGCUGUGUUCCUGGUGGUCGUGGGGCUCACCUGGAUGGGGGUUGUGGCGCCCUGGAGUGGAAGGUUCUACUCACUCUGGGACACGGGUUACGCCAAGAUCCACAUCCCCAUCAUCGCCUCUGUGUCGGAGCAUCAGCCCACCACCUGGUUCAGCUUCUUCUUCGACCUGCACAUCCUGGUGGCCACCUUCCCCGUGGGCCUGUGGUAUUGCAUCAAGACGGUCAAUGACGAGAAGGUGUUCAUUGUUCUGUUCGCGGUGAGUGCCGUCUACUUCGCCGGGGUCAUGGUGCGCCUCAUGCUGACCCUCACCCCUGUGGUCUGCGUGCUGGGUGGCAUCGUCUUCUCUCGGCUCUUUGAAGUCUACCUCAAGGAGGAGGAGCAGUCUCGGCCACGAACGGGAGACUCCAGCGACGAGGAGGAAGAUGGAGAGAAGAAUAACAAGUACGACAAGGCUGGCAAGCUGAGGAAGAUGAAGCAUGAACAGCAGUCUAGCAGCGAUGGCCUGGGCGUCAACAUCCGCAGCAUGAUCAUCGUGGCGGUGCUGAUGAUCCUGAUGAUGUUCUCCGUCCACUGCACUUGGGUCACCUCCAACGCGUACUCCUCGCCCUCCAUCGUGCUCGCCUCCUACGGCCAGGACGGGAGCCGACAGAUUCUCGACGACUUCCGGGAGGCUUACUAUUGGCUUGCACAGAACUCCGCCAGCGACGCAAGGGUAAUGUCAUGGUGGGAUUACGGUUACCAGAUAGCAGGGAUGGCCAACCGGACCACGCUCGUCGACAACAACACGUGGAACAACUCGCACAUAGCACUCGUUGGGAAGGCCAUGUCCUCGAACGAGACGGCGGCGUACGAGAUCAUGACGGCCCUGGAUGUGGACUACGUGCUGGUUAUCUUCGGGGGUGUGAUCGGCUACUCUGGAGACGACAUCAACAAGUUCCUGUGGAUGGUGCGGAUUGCCGAGGGAGAGCACCCCAAGGAUAUCAAGGAGAGCGACUACUUUACCGACCGCGGGGAGUUCCGGGUGGACUCUCAGGGCUCCUCCACGCUCCUCAACUGCCUCAUGUACAAGCUGUCCUACUACAGGUUUGGGGAGCUCAAGCUUGACUUCCGAACACCUCCUGGGUUUGACCGCACACGCAAUGCAGUGAUAGGCAACAAGGACUUCAAGCUGACCUACCUGGAGGAGGCAUACACCACCGAACACUGGCUGGUGCGGAUCUACAGAGUGAAGAAGCCAGACGAGUUCAACCGCCCCCGCAUCCCCAUCCCCCAGAGGAAGGUGAAGAGAAAGAACGUUUACCUCACAAAGAAGCAUAGUGUUGAGACGGUUUGAAGGGCAGAGUCUUCGCAUACACAGUACAUAAAUCAUAGACCACCAAGCGGAGGCGAGGGACCAUCAAGAACAGGCCGGUGGUGGUGAAGGGUCAGCGGCCUAAGUCGAAGCUCACCUAGGGUUGACAAGGUUUAGGACGUAGUUGAUUGGUCUCACUCCUACACUCCUGUCCCUCUUUCUGCUCCUCCUUUUUCCAUCCUUUUCUUCCUCCUCCUCCUCCUUGUUCUGCGUCUUCCUUUCUACUGCCAUUCUUCCUUCUCCUUCCCUCCUACUUUUCUUUGUUUUCCCAUUCCUUCCUCUCUCUAUUCUUCCCCUUCUGCAUCAUGUCUUCGCUCUCCUUGUUCUUUCUUUUCCUUCCAAUCCUCAUUUUCCUUGUUGUUCUCCUUACCUUUCUACUUUAACUUUUUUUCCUUGCUCUCCUCCUCCCCCUCCUCGAUCUUUCUUUUCCUUCCUUUUCAACUUUUUCGUCUUCUUCCUUUUCCUUCUCUUUAUCGUUCUUCCAAUCCACAUUUUCCUUGUUUUUCUCCUUACUUUUCUACUUUAACUUCUUUUCCUACUCCUCCUUUUACUUGUUCUCCUUCUCCUCCACCUCCGCCCUGUGUUCCUGAUUCUCUCAUUCUUUCUACCCUCAUUCCUCCUCCUCCUCCUCCUUGUAGCUUCCCCUCCGUGGCGUGUGUGUGAUCCAGGUGCCUGCAAGAUGGUGUACUUCCACAUGACUUAAAAAAAAAACAUAAGGGGGAUAACAAUAAUAAUAAUAAUAAUGAUAGUACGUACUUGUUCUUUUUCCCAGAUAUUUUUUUCGGUGGGGGUGGUUUAUAAAUGAAUGAAUAAUACUGUAUAACCUUUACACUGAGCGUUUAAUAGAAAAAAACAAACUUAACGAGGGAUCAUCUUUAGGAGGUAUCACAGUAAGAGUACGUAGAGAGGGUGGCGUUGGUGGUGCGGUGAAUUAUUACUUCUGUGUUUGUUUGUGUGAUUAUGUAAAGAAAGACGAGGGAGGAGGUUUUCAAUAAAGCUGCAGUAGGUUAAGUCUUAAGAGCACUGAUACACGAGAGAGGUUUUUGUUAUGUGCCCGGAUGUGAGCGUGUAAAAGUUGCUCUUAUGUGAUAGUUUCCCCUCGCCAAGGAUUUGUAUUUUUCAACCAAGGAAGGAAUUGAGCCCUCCAAGGAAAGUAUGGUCUAUUUGAUAACAGUCUCAAAGAGGUCAUUAAAAGGCUAUGUUAUUGUUUUGUUUGAAGGAUAAAUUGAGCCUCCAAGGAAUUUAUUGUGUUUUUAAAAGUUCACCCUUAAAAUGUACUCUCAAAAAGAUCAUUCAAAAGAUAUGUUAAUUUUUGGGUUGAAGAUUAAAUCGUAUCUCCAAGGAAAGUAAUGGUCAAUGUUGGUCCUCUAAAUUUGCCUUUGGAAUAUUACGUAGUUAAAAUCGACCUUCCAAGACUUAGAUAUUUUUGAUUAAGGAAGAAUUGAAUCCCGUAAAAAUAUAUUGGUAAAGUAAGUAAGUUUUUUUUUUGGAAAAAAUUAACCCUCUAGUAUUGCAUUGUCCAUACUUUAAGAUAUACUCAAAACUGACCUUCCAAAACUUUAAUAAUCUUGGUUCAGGAAACUUAUAAACCCCUAGUAACAGAUUGACCAUUUAAAAGGCAAAUCCGUAAUCUUAUCCUUUGAAAACGCUACAAGACAGACUUUUACGCGCUAACAUACGGGCAAGACGGGCAGGCCUCAGACGUCCCGAGCGUGUGUGUGGGCUGGCCGGGCUCGCAUGGGGCCUGAAGUCACCUCCUGCCUUAUAAGCUUUGCUGUGAGCCGUGUGAUCCGCGACACCCAGACUCAAGCCGAUUCAAGAUAAAAGAGAUGAUGUGGCGUCCAUAACACUUUUUCCGGCGUUGUAUUGCGUACUAUUAUUGUUGGGUUAUUUAUGGUCAUUUUUGCUUUUUUUUUCCGACUUCCACAACAUCUGAGGGUUUCGUAGAUUCAUUUAUUUGUAUCAUUUUUUUUGUAUUUCGUGUCAUUGAUUUAUUUUUCGUCGUUUUUGCCGUUUAUUUUGGUUCUGGUUUCGGCUUAUUACUUUCACAACGUUUGAGCAUUUUGUAGAUACGUUUAUUUAUGUAUUUAUGAUUUGUUUUUGUAUAUUUCUGCUUUUCUUUUAUCUUCAUCUUCUUCUCCAUCUUUAUCUUCUUUCUCCGUCUUCUGUAUCUUCAUUUUUUCUUCUUUGUCUUUAUAUCCUUUUUCUUUUCCUCUUUCUCUUUUUAUGUCUUCUUUUUUCAUCUUUCUCUUCCUUUUCUCUUUCCUCUACCUUCAUUUCUUCAUCUUUAUCUUUCUCUCCUUUUUCUUUUUCUUAGUUUUCUUUUUUCUUUAUCUUCUUUUUAUCUUUCUCUUCUUUUUCUUCUUCCUCUAUCUUCAUUUUUUCAUCUUAUCUUUUUCUCCUUUUCCUUUUUCUUAGUUUUCUUUUUUCUCUAUCUUCUUUUUUCAUCUUUCUCUUAACUUUAUCUUCUGUAUCUUCAUUUCUUUUCCUUUAUCUUUUUCUUCAUCUUUCUCUAUCCUCUUUAUCAUCCUUCUCUGCUUUGAUAUAUUUUUGCAGUUUAUUUUGGUUUAUCGACUUCUACAACAUCCAAGCAUUUCGUAAACCAAUUUAUUUAUCUAUUUAUCACUUUUUUUUAGCUUAAUUUCUACUUGGGUUUUUGUGUCCUUAUAUCCCAAGCAACAAUAAGGUAUUCACUGGUAUUUUGGGGUAGACUUAUUUAUUCAUGUAUUUAUUUUGUCAUUUUCUUGUAUGUCGAUUUGGUUCGUUUUUUGUUCUAAUAUCCCAAACGACAAUUGAGUUAUUCGCUGGGUUUUUUUUUGGGGUUGACCAUUAUGUAUUUUCAGAAGGUCUUGUCUUCAACCAAAACCUGAAUGGUGGUGAGAUUUUUGUAUAGGUGUGUGCCUGUGUGUGUGUGUUUGGGGUGUGGGUGUGUGUUGUUGACUGCUUUUUUAUUUAAGUAAUGAUUUCAUGCUUUUGUUGUAUGGUACGGUUGGCAGUUUUGUAUCUACCAUUCCAAUUAGUAUUCAAGAUCUUAGGGACCCAUUAUUAGAGUCUUUGAAGCCUCGGUCCAUCUGUAUAUUAAAAGCCUCUUGCGGAAGUUGUCUGAUUUCUAUUGGUAGUUUAAUGACACUCAUAGUUACGUCUACAACUCUUAUGUCUUUUCCCUUGGCAUUCACUCGCAGGUCCAUAGUGUUAAAGUCUUGGAAGCCUCAGUCCAUCUAUAUUUUAAGAAGGCUGUCUCGGGAAGUUGUAGAGAUUUACAUUGAUAGUUUCAUGAUAGUUAUGGUUACGUCUACAACUCUAAUCUAUAUUUCUUCUUCUUUUUCCCUUUUAUCUAUCUUCUUUUUCUUCUAUAUCUUCUCCUUUUCUUGUUUUUAAUUUUUCUCAAUCUAUCUUCUUCUUUUUCCCUAUCUUUAUCUUCUUUAUCUUCUUUACUUUCUUUUUCUUAUUAUUCAUCACCAUCAUCUUCUUCAUGUGAGUACUAACUGCAAUGGUGCAUACAAAUCACCAACCAUUCCUUAUUAUUUUGUUUUACUUGAUUAUAUUUUCCACAUGCAUUUGCCCAUUUGCCUGCGAGUGAGGCCGUGCGCGUGUGUUUGUGUGUGUGUGUGUGAGCGAGGCCGGGCAAGGGAGGUGCAGAAGGAGGAGGAUGUAUCACGGCCUACCUACACUGCUCUAUGCCUCAGCGGACUUUGUUUUGACCAUAUCAGGUGUUUAUAUUUUGUCGCCAACCGUAAUCAUUGUCGGAUUAGUUUGCAGACGAGUUACUUUCAUGCAAUUCAGUUUUGGUUUUGUUUCUACACUACCUGGUUAUUUGUAUGCAUUUUAGACUUCCUGGUUAUCUCCAUUCAGUUUCAACUCUAUCCAGUUAAGUUCAGACCCUAUACAGUUGUCUUUGUUAGGUUCAGACACUAUACAGUUACUUUGAUUAGGUUCAGACUCUUACCUAGUGAUUUCCAUUAGGUUCAGACUCCAUCCAGGUAUCUCCAUUAGGUUCAGACUCUUCUUAGUGAUUUCCAUUAGGUUCAGACUCUAUCCAGGUAUCUCCAUUAGGUUCAGACUAUCCAGAUAUCUCCAUUAGGUUCAGACUAUCCAGGUAUUUCCAUUGGAUUCAGACUCUACCCAGUUAUAUUCAUUCAGUUCAGACAUUUUCAAUCUUUAUUCAGACACUACCUACUUAUUUUCAUGCACUAAAGACUACCCAGUUACUCGGUUAUCUCCACUCAGUUCCAUCACUUCCCAAUUAUCUGCAAAGUCAACCCAGUUCCCUUCAUUGCAUCUGUCAGUUAGGUGAGAGUUGUGUCUGUAAGGGAGCGCUCAUCCUGGCCCUGUACAUAAUGGUCUGGGGCCUGGGUGGUGGUGUUAAGGGUGUUAGUGUGAUGUUAGAGUAUGUUUGCCAAUGCGUUCAUGCCAUUCCAUUGAGCCAAGGGGGUAGAAAUUCGAUUGUACCACUUAGUUCUGUGUUUUCAGAGUGUUAUAAGUUUUUUUGGAAGAGCACAGUGUUGAAAAAUUGAGGUUAUUUCUUCUUGUACUUGUUUACUUGUGUUAAUGUCAUUCUACUGAGCCAAGGGAUAGAAAUGAAUUGCAGAUAUCACUUGUGUUUUGAAAGUGAGUUAUAAGUUUUUUGGAGGAGGACAGUGUUAAAAAAUCAAGGUUAUUCUUAUGUUAAUGUGAAGCUAAACCCUUGACUUAUACUAUUCUACUGAGCCAAGGGGUAGAAAUGAAUUGCAGAUAUUACUUGUGUUUUGAAAGUGAGUUAUAAGUUUUUUGGAAGAGGACAGUGUUAAAAAAUCAAGGUUAUUCUUAUGUUAAUGUGAAUCUAAAACCUUGACUCAUACUAUUUUACUGAGGCAAGGGUUAGAAAUUGAUUGGAGAUAUUACUUGUGUUGUGAGAGUGAGUUUGAAGACUUUUGGAAAAGGCCAUUGUAAAAAAAAUCAAGGUUUCUUAUUUUAUUUGUUUUCUCAUGUUAGUGUGAAUCUAACCCCUUGACUCUUACCAUUCCACUGAGCCAAGGGGUGGAAAUUAACAGAAUAUACCACUUAUUUUUGUUUUACCAGUGUUAGUUUUCAGUUUUUGGAAGAGCACUAUGUAAAAAAAUCAACGUUAUUUCUUAUUUUACACAUUUUCUUAUACUAAUGUGAAUCUGACCCCUUGACUCACCAUGCAUUCAUGUAGGAAAAGAUCUGCCGUUAUAUACGAGUAGAAGGGCCUGACUUGCGAGAAACCUUAAGUCACCCGCGACACCAAGAUCAUGUUUAGGUUACAUGAAACUCACCUCACAGGACUGCCUCGGAAGUGCAUCGCAGUGUGAUGGGAGCGAGUGAGCGCUGCCUUUUGUCUUAACUCGAUUUGCUGGAGCAGUUUUUUUCCUUAUGUGUUUACUGAUUAGAAUAUUGUCCACAAAUUGGCGAACAUACCCUAACACAGUGGUCGCAGAAUUAUGUCGCACUUCACUCUGGAUGUUGGCAAGACCUCACGUCAAGAUUUUUUGUUUUUUCACUUUCUUCUUUUUAAGGAUAAACUAUAUUGUUGAUGGGAGAAAUCACCUGUGUUAAUAAUUGUUUACAUAUGUAUAUUGUGAUGAGAUAUAGUAAAAUGCAAGUAUGGUUGAA